AUGACUCAAGAUAUCAGGCACUACGCCACUAUUUCUAUGCUCACGGCCGGGCUUGGCGCAGGGUACCAAAAAUCAGCUAAUUAUAUGGAUCAUAUUUCUGAAAGAACCAAAAGGAAAAUCAAACGAUUGCUAAAAGGAAAUUUCCAAAAUAUCUCUCAAGAAUUUCCACAAAAGCACUAUUUUAUUAGAGUAGGAAACUCAGUACAAAGACUUGCUACAGCCAUAGAAAUUGAGGGCUUAAGGGUAGCAGAAGGAAGUAUUGAUGAGGGAACUUUAAUGUUCGAGCAUGAAUCAGCAGAUUCAUGUAGUGACAAACUACAUGUGCUGGGACUAGUGGAUAAUUAUCCACUGAUAGACACGGUUGGCAUCAUGGAUAUGUUCUGUAGACCUUGUAGUAGUAGCGGGGCGUUACACUAUAGGACAACCAAAACAGCACGUAUAGCUUCGGAAAAAUCCUUCUCCGGUUUCACUCGUCAAGCGCAUGGCGUGGGGUGAUGGCUGGUGACCCGUGGAUGCAGGAGGGCAAAAACGCUUUAAAGAUUUCUCGGAUCAUCGUUGAAAGAAUCCAAGUAGACAAAAGUGGUAAACCGAGAACACACACCAGCAUGGAAAUUAGAAAUGGUCUAAAGCACCUGACGAAUUGUACAGGAGGUUAGGAAGGG